GUGCAAUGACCGAUGAAGAAUAACGCAGCUGAGAAUUACGUUUCCCGAUCUAACCGAUGCUCUGUACUCUCUGAAACGAACGGCGACUCGAGACUGGUCAUAGGCAGCGAAGAAGGAAGAUGCAUCGAUGGCAAUACGGUCGGAUAUCGAUUCGCUGCACCUGUUUUUCUUCGACCAACAGGCAUAGAACGAGGGGAGAGAAAGAGAGAGAGCCGACGACGCCGGGUCUCGAAUCUAUUUCCGUGGGGCCCUAACCCGAGUGCCGAGAGACGGAAACAGACGGACGGGGGAAGAGAGACAGCGCAAGAGGGGAAGAGGAGAAUUUAUGUGUUUGGAGAGGGUCAAGGGAACGAGGGUAGCGACAAGUGCAGCGGAGUCGUACAGCUGGAUGCAACAGGGGAUCCGAACGAGCUGCUGCGUACGAUGCUCGGCUUUUCGCGUGACUACUAACACGCAGGUAGGAGA